UCCCACCUACCAGUGACAUGGCCGAGAACCUUCCUCCCUUGCGUGUAUCGUGAUGCCAAUCUCCAGCAUUUAUUAACCCCUUCUGUCCGGAGCCUUCCAAUUCUACGAUUCCGCUCCGCGCAAGAACUCCCGAUUCCGCGCUUCCCUUUUUCCCUGCGCCCCACGAGCAAUGGCCCAGACUGUUGUACUCAGGGUUGGCAUGUCCUGUGAAGGCUGUGUUGGAGCUGUUAAGCGGGUUCUGGGCAAAAUGGAAGGUGUUGAGUCUUUCGACGUAGACAUCAAGGAGCAGAAGGUCACAGUGAAGGGUAAUGUAACACCUGAUGCUGUUCUGCAAACUGUUUCAAAGACAGGCAAGAAGACUUCGUUCUGGGAGGCUGAGCCCGUGACCAACCAAUCCACGGCACCUGCUGAUGCUACAGCUGCUGCGUCUUGAGAAGUCAUCUAUUACCUCCAGUAUCUGAAGUUUGAUAUAACAUUGUUCUGUGGAAGUGUCUAGCAAGAAUACAAAUGGGCCUGUUCGGAUGGUAUUUAGUUUUGAGUUUAUUACAAAUAAUGGCAAACUGCUAGUUAAAUUUGUAUACUUCUUGUUAAGAUUUUUAUUCCUACUCUAAUAUGGUUUGAUUAUUUGGGAAGGUAAUUUGACAAUUUGUUGUAUGAUGUGAUAUGUGAUGUCUUUUAUUAAGUUUAGGCCUUCGCUUCA